AAACAUGGAAAUUACUUUUAUUGAUAUUUUCCGGUGGACUGAACAUGAAAUCAUUUCACUAUUGGUCGUUGGUGUUGUCACCGCUCACACUAUAAAUUUAUCUCGUCUCCGUUAAACGAUUAAACCUCACCGGAGAACUCCUAGUCAGUUCCGAUGACACAGCUGUUGAGGAGGGUUUGGGAAUCGGUUUCCAGUGGUUGGAAUUCGAGUGAUUCUACUUCAAACUCGCUAUACAAUUUGGACUACAGUCCAGUUCAUGGAACCCUAUCCGAUCAGAUUAUCAUCUGUUCCUCAUCCACUGGGGCAUUUGAUCGGUUGCCUCUAGAUAUAUUUAUGCAAAUACUCAAGCUUCUCGGACCAAAAGAGGCUGCUAGACUCACAUGUGUUUGCAAAUCGUGGAAAUUCAUGGUCUCAGAUAACAUGUUAUGGAUAUUCUUUCUUCAGAACCAACAGGAUCCCUGGGACUCAAUUUUCUUUGCGGAAACUAACUUACGAUCUGGUUUUCCUCUCCGAACAUAUCCUCGUCAGAUGCAAUCAUUUAUGCAUAUUUAUGGUGAACGAGCAAAAGUUCCUGGAGCUAUCAUCGUUGAUGGUGGUGCUGGUUAUUGCAAAUUUGGUUGGAGCAAGUAUGAUUCUCCAUCAGGGCGUUCAGCAACAUUUGUGGAAUUUGGUAACAUUGAGUCUCCAUUGUACGCUAGGCUUCGUCAUUUUUUUGCAACAAUUUAUAGCAGGAUGCGUGUUAAGUCAUCUAUGCAUCCAGUCAUUAUCUCAAUUCCAAUCUCCCAUUAUGAUGAUACUGGUGCUGAUAAAGCUUUUAGACGCCAACUCAAAGAAGCAAUCUACUCAGCAUUGUUUGGAAUGAAGGUUCCUUCUGUGUGUGCAGUCAGUCAGGCAACUUUAGCUUUGUUUUCAGCAAGAAGAACAUCUGGAAUUCUUGUAAAUAUCGGUUUCCAUCAAACAUCUGUUGUCCCAAUUUUACAUGGUAAAGUAAUGCAUAAAGUGGGUGUUGUAUCUAUGGGUGUUGGAGGCUUAAAGCUUACUGAAUACCUUAAAGAGCAACUUCGUCUAAGAAAUCUACAUGUUUCUUCAUUAUACACUGUUCGCUCAUUGAAAGAGAAUCUUUGCUAUGUUGCUUUUGACUAUGAGAACGAAUUAAAGAAGGAGAAUACAAAAGCAUCAUACAAAGUUGCUUCUGAGGGUUUGUUUACUCUUGAGAAAGAGCGUUUCCAAACAGGAGAGAUUCUCUUUCAGCCACAUAUUGCAGGAUUAAUAAAUGCAAUGGGUCUGCAUCAGGCAGUGGCAAAUUGCAUUGAGCGUUGCCAUGCUGCCAAAAUGAGAACCGAUCAUACUUGGUUCAAGACAGUUGUGUUGGCUGGAGGCACUGCAUGUUUACCAGGUUUACAAGAAAGAUUAGAAAAGGAAGUACAUGAUCUUCUACCUCCCUCCAUAUCCAAUGGAAUUCGUGUCAUCACUUCCCCUUAUGGUGCUGAUUCUGCAUGGUAUGGAGCAAAGCUUCUCAGCAAUUUGAGCACAUUUCCAAAUUCAUGGUGCAUAACAGAGGAGACUCAGUCAAAGUCAAAACGAUCCCUCAUAUGGUGAAAACUUAUAUGCUACAAAUAAGAGUGUUGUUGUUGUUGUAAUCUAUAUAAUUAUGUAAUAAUAAUAUUUCAGUAUUUGUAAAAAUAAGACACGAAAUAUUAUUUAUAAGAGUUGUUGUAUUGAAACUCA